AUGAUGCUGCCGUCGACUGGGGCGCGCAGCCCGCUGUUCGGCCUCGCCAUCAGCGCGUGCUUUGUCCUGAUCUUCCUUUUCGGCUUCAUGGCCUGGCAGAGUCCGCCGAGCAUGGCCUUUUCCCACGAGUCCACCCAUGUGGAGAUGACCUACACCGACGGCCAGACGCCCCUCACCAUCAACGCCAUCAUCCAGUUCCUCUACGCGCCCCUGAAGGCGUCGCCGACUGAGCCUUUUAUCCGCGAACCCAACGGCACCAAGAUCGAGCUGCCGCGAAACCCCCGUUACACCAAGAAGUUGGGGAGCGACAUCUUGAUCCUGGACCUGGAGACGAGGCCGCUGGCGUCGACGCAGGAGUACGUCCAGAAUGGCACCUACGAAUGGCGCAACAUCGGUCACGUGCCUGCAGGCGUCUUCAACCACUACGCGUAUGCCCAGGUCCACGGCUAUGACUACAAGUUCGUGCACGCCAAAGACUUUGAAGACCGACACGCUACAUGGAUCAAGCCCUCGGCGCUGGCCAACCUCAUCAACGACUACAAGUUUAUCGUGUUCCUCGACGCCGACGCUACUUUCCGCUUCAUGCACCUGCCCAUUGAGUGGAUGCUGAACUACUGGAAGAUCGAGCCUCACCACUCCAUCACAAUGGCAAAGGACCCCUGGGACCCCAAAUCGCCCCAGUACAACUCUGAUCGCUUCAACCGCACCUACACCAACACCGGCUUUAUGAUUGUGCAGAACAACAAGCAGACUAUGCCGAUUCUCAAGGCGUGGCAUGAAUGCCCAGAAGACGUACGAUAUCCCAACUGCUCCGAAUGGAAGCAGCCUAAAUUCCACGAGCAAUCUGCUUUUGGCGAGUUUAUUCGCUACGACUACGAGAAGAGCAUUAUGGAGCUUGAAUGCGGCCAGGCCAACGGAUUCCCCGGGGUUGAGAUUAGCAAUUGCCAGGGCAAAUUCAUCCGCCAUUACUGGUUCGAAAAGGAUUUGGUCAAGAUGGAUUUCCGCGACAACAUGAUGAACGCGAUCACGCUUCCUAUACAACAAAUCUUCGCAAACACCACAGGCGGCGGCGUCGUUGUUGAGCAAGAGGAAAACGUCAUACGCACAUAA